AAUGGUAUUGCAACAUAUUUUAGAUAUUCCACCUUUAACUAGAGUUAUCGUAAUCAGUAGUGUGAUAUUGAGUUAUGCUACAUAUGUUUAGUAUUUGAAACCUUCAAACCUAUAUUUAAAUUAUAAAUUAGCCUUUUCGGAUUAAUUUUAAGUACUUUUUAUUAUAUUUUGAAUAGCCGUGGAGAGCAUUAACAAGUAUUUUAUAUUUUGGAGAUUUGGAUUUAAUAACAGUAUUACGACUAUUCUUUUUGUAAAUAUUGAAUAUUGAUAAAUAGUUAAUCAAUAUCAUCUUCAUUAGAAUUACAUACUUUUAGAGGAUUUGCAAAUUAUCUAUAUUAUUUGAUGUUGAAUUUCAUCACAAUUACAUUAAUUGGAUUAUGGUUGAAUGAGCAUUCAUUGACAGAAUACUUUGUGGAAGCAUUAAUGUAUGUUUGGGGUAGAUAAAAUUAAGAAAGACCUUUAUUAUGUAAAAUUAUUAUGUCUAUUUAGUUAUGUUUGUAAUUCCAAUCAAAGCAUAAUAUAUGGUUUGGUUUUUUAUAUUUCUAAAUAUAAUAUCUGGAAGAUCAAUUCAAUCUAAUUUAAUAGGAGCAUUGAUUGGACAUACUUAUUAUUACCUUGCUUAUGUUGUUCCAAAAUUACCUAGAUUUUAAGGAUUAUAAUUAUUAACUACUCCAAAAUUCUUGUAAUGUGAUAUUUAUUAUAUUAGAAUGAACAUUUGUAGAAACUUUGAGAGACAAAAUGAACUAUGA